GUAUGUAGUCCGAUGCACCUAGCUCCCAGCCUGAACUGGAGAGUGUGCAGCACUCCCGGGAGACGGGGCAGUGAACAGCGCACAGAAAUCUCUGGCUAUCUUAGGAGAAGCCCAACUUAGCGAUCAUGUUCGCAGUGCACUUGAUGGCGUUUUACUUUGCCAAGCUGAAGGAGGAUCAGAUCAAGAAGGUGGACAGGUUCCUGUACCACAUGCGGCUCUCAGAUGAGACCCUUCUGGAUAUCAUGGCGCGGUUCCAGGCCGAGAUGGAAAAGGGACUGGGGAAGGACACCAACCCCACUGCCUCCGUGAAGAUGCUGCCCACCUUCGUCAGGGCCAUUCCGGAUGGCUCAGAAAAAGGGGAGUUCCUUUCCCUGGAUCUUGGAGGGUCCAAGUUCAGGGUCUUGAAGGUGCAAGUCUCUGAAGAGGGGAAGCGAAACGUCCAGAUGGAGAGUCAGUUCUACGCAACACCCAAUGAAAUCAUCCGGGGGAAUGGCACAGAGCUGUUUGAAUAUGUAGCCGAUUGCCUGGUGGAUUUCAUGAGGACCAAAGGGUUGCAGCAUAAGAAAUUACCCCUUGGCUUUACCUUUUCUUUUCCCUGCAGACAGACUAAGUUGGAAGAGGGCGUCCUGCUGUCGUGGACCAAGAAGUUCAAGGCACGGGGAGUUCAGGACACAGAUGUCGUGAGCCGCCUGACCAAAGCCAUGAGAAAACACAAGCAGGACCUGGAUGUGGACAUUCUGGCCUUGGUCAAUGACACUGUGGGCACCAUGAUGACGUGUGCCUACGACGAUCCCUACUGCGAAGUUGGCGUCAUCAUUGGCACCGGCACCAACGCGUGCUACAUGGAGGACAUGAGCAACAUCGAGCUCGUGGAAGGCGACGAGGGGAGGAUGGGCAUCAACACCGAGUGGGGGGCCUUCGGGGACGACGGGGCCUUGGAGGACAUCCGGACGGAGUUCGACAGGGAGCUGGACCUUGGCUCGCUCAACCCGGGGAAGCAGCUGUUCGAGAAGAUGAUCAGUGGCCUAUACCUGGGGGAGCUUGUCAGGCUCAUCUUGCUGAAGAUGGCCAAGGAUGGCCUCCUGUUUGGUGGUGCAAAAUCCUCUGCUCUCCUCACAAAGGGCAAGAUCGAAACGCAGCACGUGGCUGCUAUGGAGAAGUAUAAAGAAGGCCUUGCCAACACAAGAGAGAUCCUGGUAGACCUGGGCCUGGAGCCCUCUGAGGCCGACUGCGUUGCUGUCCAGCACGUCUGCACCGUCGUCUCCUUCCGCUCGGCCAACCUCUGUGCAGCGGCCCUGGCGGCCAUCUUGACGCGCCUCCGAGAGAACAAGAAGCUGGCUCGGCUCCGGACCACCGUGGGCAUGGAUGGCACACUCUACAAGAUACACCCUCAGUACCCGAAACGCCUGCACAAGGUGGUGAGGAAACUGGUCCCAAACUGUGACGUCCGCUUUCUACUGUCAGAGAGUGGCAGCGCCAAGGGGGCCGCCAUGGUGACCGCAGUGGCCUGCCGUGUGCAGGCCCAGAGGAAGCAGAUUGAUGAGGUGCUGGCUUUGUUUCAGCUGACCCGAGAGCAGCUUGUGGGUGUGCAGGGCAAGAUGCGUGCUGAGUUUGAGUAUGGGCUGAAGAGGAAGACCCAUGCACUGGCCACUGUCAAGAUGCUGCCCACCUAUGUCAAUGGCAUGCCAGAUGGCACAGAGAAGGGAAAGUACCUUGCUCUGGACUUGGGGGGAACUAACUUUCGGGUCCUCCUGGUGAAGAUCAGAAGUGGACGGAGGUCAGUGCGAAUGUACAAUAAGAUCUUUGCCAUCCCUCUGGAGAUCAUGCAGGGAACUGGUGAGGAGCUGUUUGAUCACAUUGUGCAGUGCAUUGCUGACUUCUUGGACUACAUGGGCCUAAAGGGGGCUCAGCUCCCUUUGGGCUUCACGUUCUCCUUUCCCUGCAGGCAGGCGAACAUCGACAAGGGAACACUCAUAGAGUGGACCAAAGGCUUUAAGGCCACCGACUGUGAAGGGGAGGACGUGGUGGACAUGCUCAGGGAAGCCAUCAAGAGGAGAAAUGAGUUUGAUCUGGACAUAGUUGCAGUUGUGAAUGACACAGUGGGGACCAUGAUGACCUGUGCUUACGAAGAUCCUAAUUGUGAAAUUGGCCUGAUUGCAGGGACAGGAAGCAACAUGUGUUACAUGGAGGAGAUGAGGAACAUCGAGUUGGUGGAAGGGCAUGAGGGGAAGAUGUGCAUCAACACCGAGUGGGGAGGGUUUGGAGAUAACGGCUGCAUAGACGACAUCCGGACCCAGUACGACGUGGAGGUGGACGAGGGGUCCUUGAAUCCUGGCAAACAGAGGUAUGAGAAAAUGACCAGCGGCAUGUACCUGGGGGAGAUUGUGCGGCAGAUCCUGAUUGACUUGACCAAGCAAGGUCUCCUCUUCCGAGGUCAGAUUUCAGAGCGUCUCAGGACCAGGGGCAUCUUUGAAACCAAGUUCCUGUCCCAGAUUGAGAGUGACCGCCUGGCCCUCCUCCAGGUGAGGAGGAUCCUGCAGCAGCUGGGCCUGGACAGCACGUGUGAGGACAGCAUUGUGGUGAAGGAGGUGUGUGGAGCGGUGUCGCGACGGGCCGCCCAGCUGUGUGGGGCAGGCCUGGCUGCCAUCGUGGAAAAGAGGAGACAAGACCAGGGGCUGGAGCACCUGAAGAUUACCGUGGGAGUGGACGGCACCCUGUACAAGCUGCACCCUCGCUUUUCUCUGGUAUUACAGGAAACAGUGAAGGAAUUGGCCCCACAAUGUGACGUGAUGUUCUUGCUGUCGGAAGAUGGCAGCGGAAAGGGAGCAGCUCUGAUCACUGCGGUGGCCAAGAGGCUGCAGCAGCCACUGAGGGAGAACUAGGAGUCCCAGGCUGACUGAUGCAGCUCGGAUCCUGCCUGGCCCCUCCUCUGACAGAUGAGUGGCCAGGGACAAAUAGGCUGCCUCCUGGCCGACUUCUGCUCCAUAGCUGGACGAGAACCUCUGGUCUUCCGGUCUCUUAGCAUCUUGUUAUUGGUUUUGCAUUGGCUUUAAAAGACACUUCCAUUUGAUAUAUUUGGGCCAAGGCUAGGCCAACUCUCUGAAAUCAGAGAGAUCCCCUUUCAACAGGAUUUUAAGUUAAGGCCGGAGGGGCCAGUUCUCUGCAGCUUUGGGUCCUGUGGUGCCCGACUUGGAAAUGUAAAUAGACUUCCGCUUGGCUGGAUUCCUCCUUGGGACACUUGAGCCUGCUUGAGUGCCAGAUUGGUCCUUUGCUUGCAGAUGAACUUUUGAGAGGGAGAGAGGUUCAUGUAAUGCACUGGGGACCUAAUCUUUAACUUACCAUGUUGGCUUCAAGCAUGAGGCAAGAAUAAAGCCUUUGGAGUAUUUGGCCCUGGGAUGCAGAGCGCUGAAUGCCAGGGAGUCCUAUAGGAAUCUUUCACACUUCCAGGGAGCCCCAUGAGCUCCCUGUAGGAUUUUGCUCCUUAGUACCUGUGCCAUGGGGUAGGGUGUGCACGAUGCAUGUUUUUUAUCCUGCGUGUAAUAGGGUUUGUGUUGCUGCUGUCCAUAUUUGUUUCAAGGACAGUUAGGACUAUGAAAUGAAUAAAUGUAUUUGAUUUCCGAAGAAACUUGACAUGAGGUGUUACUCUGUCUUCUGGGAGCCUCACUUGGGAUUGCCAUGUCAUCUUAGUAGAAAAAGGGACCACUGAGCCAGAAGGCCUGAAAGGUCUUAGCCCAAAACCUCCUACCAGCGGGGGGGGGAAAUAGAUGGAGCAUUUUUGACAAUAUCCUUAAGAGUUUAUCCAUGGGGCCGGGAUUUAGCUCAGUUGGUUCUGCCACCUGCUU